AUGAGCUCCUCACGCUGGCGAUCGGAGCCCCAGCUGCAAAACUCUCAAUCAUGGAAUCGUCGCAAUGUGGAAACCAAAACCAAUAUUAAUCAAAUCCUGGGUGCAAGCCCACUACGAGAAGAUGACAAGUCCUAUCUCAAACCCACCAAUGCAGCUCAUGACGAUGCAUCGACCAUCCUUGCUCCCUCUCGCCAUGGUUCUUUGGACAAGGCUGACAUUCAUCAUCAACAUCACAACAACCAGUAUCCAUCUAUGGGAUCUCAACAAUUCAAGGGCAAGAUCAAACCCAAGACAUCAUCUGGAACUAUGAAAUCCAGCGACACCUUGCAGGAUUCCAAGACCCGGUACUCCAAAUCUAUUGAGAAAUUAUACGAGGUUCGAGAACGGGCACGUCAGCAGACCAAGGAUGCGAUAUGGGAGUCUGAUUUGAGACUUGGUGCAAGAGUUGUGAGAUCUGAGACGGAUUUGGUUAAUGAGAAGUUUGAGGCUGAGUUUCCGAGGACGAGUUUGUAUAUCAGAGACCUGCAGUUGAACGGACUAAGUUUCCUCAAAUCGAAAUUGGACGUUGGGUUUAGCAAAUUCUCGACCAAGCUUGUUCACAAGUUUGCAAAGAACUCUGGAGAUGUCUUUCCAAUGGUUGCGGAAUACUUGCAAGACUAUACGUCGUCCAUUAAGGCCUACCUUCAGAGUGACUUUUUCCGUAAACGAGAAAUCCUCAUUGACAGGUUUGCGAUGGACUUUGGCACUCUCGAAGAAGAAAACGCCUUGUUAAAAGACGUACUAGCGCAUGGAGAAGCAGCUGGAAAGCCUAUAGAGGUGCUCAUAAAACAGGCAGUUGGUGGGGUUCGACAGGCUCGCUCGGGACCUCUAAAUACUGCCAGCAAGAGUACGAGUGCUCCAGAGGAACCAGUUUCUGUGCAGAUAGCGGUAGCAGCCGAAGUCGGACCACCGAAGCCGAAAAAACGUGGUGUAAAGUUCGCUGCAGAGGAUUCCUUUGAAGACGACGCGAAAACAAAACCACAACCAAUGCCAACAACGAACUCUUCUGUUCAAACAGAGUACUUUGGCGUGGAAGUCCAAGUGCAGUCUGAAGCACCUGUAGUAGCUGACGUUGGAAUCCAGGUCGAGGUGCCAAAUAAGGAAAUCGCAAGGCUCAAAGAAGCACUAGACAAUCUGAAUAAGCUGCAUGCUAAAACUGUGUCGCGUCAUGAAGAAGAUGUCGCCUCUCUUCAAAGCAACUCCAAGAGAAUCGAAGAGUCCUUUACACACUCGUUGGAACACCGUCGAUGCAGAAUUUUAGGCUUAGAGGCUGACCUAGCUGACAGCCAACAGCAGCUUCGAGAACAGCACUUGUCUUUCGAGUCUAGACUUUCCGAGUCGAGACAAGUAUGGGAAGAGGAGAGGAAAAUGUAUUUGGAGACACAGUCUGCAUUUGCUACUGAGAAGGAGAAUAUGAGAGCUCAAGGUGGCGAAGAACUCAUCGCAGCGAUGGAGAAUGUUGAGGAGUUACAAGCUCGCAUUGCUACUAUGGAAUCACCAUCAAGGUCUCCUUCGGUUCCAGCAUCCGUUGAACAACCAAAUCAACAUGAUGCAACACGUCAUCCAAUUACGGAAGGCAACCAACCAAAUCACACUCAAACUGUCUGCGUGGAGUCGAAUACUGUUCAGUUGGAUAUGACAACGCGAAAAUCCGCAUUUGACCAACCGACAAGGAAAACCAAAGUUGCACCACGCAGCAGCAAAGCUGUUCCAACCUCAAAUAACCAGGCAACACCAGAAAAUGUUACCGUAACCGCGACUGAUACAAGAAUCGGAUCCAACUCUCCAACUCUGAUACCGAAGGACUUUGUCAUAAUACCUCAACUUGAUGCCAAAGUGCAAGAGGAGAGAUCUUUACGAGAGGCUGCUGAACAACGAAUCGCGCAUCUCGAAAUGGAAAUAGAGAGACUCACAUUUGAAUCACAAAAAUCCAUAACGGAGCACUUUGAGCAAUCUCAAACCUUCAAGGCUCAGUAUCAAGGUGUUUUGGAACUGCUUAAUGUGGAAAAGCAGGAAUGGAAUGCCGAGAGAAGUGAAAUGCAAUACUCCUUAAACCAAUAUCAAACAUAUGUCAAGGAGCUCGAAGAUCAAGUGCGAGCUCUCAUACAAGGAGAUGGUGACAAGGAACCCGAAUUUUCACUCUCUGAUGAAUAUGACCAAUAUCUACGAGACAAGACCUCAUCAAACACGUUAAAGAUUGGACUCUUCGAACAAGAAAACAACCGACUGAGAAACCUCAGACUGCAGAGGACCAACAUGGUGGCUGCAAACACGAGUGAUGAUGAUCUCACGACCGCUCCAACCAGUCGUUCUCAAAGUGCCAAGUCACGAACCAAUGGACUUUUGGCAGCAGGUGUGGAGGAGUAUAAACGUCAACGUGUAUUGACAAAGACUCAGCAGCUGGAACUAGACGCUCGAUAUGUUGCUGCUAAUGAACGAGCUCCAGCAUUUGCAGAACUAGCUCCUCCUCCAAUACAGCACUCGCAAACAAGACGUAUUGGAGAACCCGUCGUGUUGCUCCUUCCUUCUCACCACCUACCGAUUGACUCCACCAGCUUCCCAUACGAAGAGCUUCGAAAGUAUGCCAUUCCUCGCGCUGCCGAGAAGCAACAUUUGGCUGUCCGAAGUGCUAUAGAUGAUGAAUUCAGACGAAUACGACCUGGAACUGGGGGCACGACAAGGUCUUCUGUCAGAUGGGCAGAUACUUCUAAUGACGACGAUAAUGAAUCCUCUUGGUCGAAAUCAAGACCCGUGUCAGCGUCUACGUUUGGACCAUCGUCUUCAAGAGCAGCUUCUGCAACACCGUAUCGAGACCCAUCAAUGUAUCGAGAAUCGUCACGGAAUAAAGUGCUUCUAACAGAUGUGAUGAAUAAUGGGAACGGUACACUGCUGUUGAGUAGAAGAGCGCAAUCGGCUGGGACAAAUCGCAACACAAGUCGCAAAGCAUGGUCAUAA